CUGAACGUCCCUACGGAUGACUCUAGUUUGAACAGCCCUGUCCCGGACUGUUUCUACUUUCCUCCCAGAUGCCUGGCACCAAGGAGGACCUUCCACCAAUCAAAAGCGAACUCCUUGAGCAUUGGUGGGGGUUUCAGUGGAGUGCUUCCCUCCUUUGGAGUGAGGAUAUGAAGACUAAGAAGCCCCCAACAGCUGCUCCGUCUGGCACUAUGAACUGCAAUUCUCAGCCCUACUUUCCCGGCAUCCACACCACAUCCCCCCCAACCUAUGAGAUGCUCAAGGAGAAGCACGAGGUGGCUGUACUUGGGGUGACCCAGGGCUUGGAUCCCAUGGCAACCACCACGAUCGGCAUUCACAGCAAAACCUCUGUGCGUGAUCAAAUCAUCUGGUCCCUGUUCAACAUAGUCUUUGUGAAUUUGUGCUGCCUGGGCUACUCUGUGAGGCCCAGGGACUGGAAGAGGGUGGGUGACGUGACAGAGGCUCAGGCCUAUGACUCUGCCACCGAGUGCCUGCACAUCCAGCACCUGGUCUUGGGCCUCCUUCUGAUUGUUAUAUUCACCAUUAUUUUUGUCACUGGCUCACUGAUGAUUCUCUAAGCAAUUUCAGAGAUCAUAAAAGGUUAUGGAGCUUCCUAGUAGCUGCCCAUGGCCUGAGGCUGUCACCCCUUUCACAGCAGUUUAUAUACACAUCAGUCUACAACUGAAUCCAAUGAAGCACUCAUGUGUGUGGGAAAUAAAAGACUGAGAAGCCCUCACAGGCAAAAGCAUGUGCAAAAGCACAAGUUUUGGGCCUGAGCCAUACAGUCUAGGUUCAGGUCCCAGUAGUGCUACUUAAUGCUGUGUGACCUUGACUAGUUACUUUACCACUCA